CUCUCCCCCUACUAUAUAUAUUUCGGACUGAGUUUGGUGACCUGCCACACCAUCUUUAAGUUCCAGAGAGAAAGUUGCUGCCCAAUAUCGGGUCAGUAAUUUCCUUAAUUUUCCCCAUUGUCCGUCACAGGUCCGAACUCAGUGAUCACUGAGCUCCUGGCAAGCUGGAAUGAUUCCCAGCUGCUGCAGCUGACGGACUCCUACCGGGACAGGCUGGAGCAGGCGAUGGAAGGAGGGGUGCACGGAGUGAGCCUGGCAUUAACGGCCGAGAAUCAGUUCAGCGGAGAGGAACAUCGGAAAAUCUCUGAUCUCGCUGAUAAGGGAGAGCGGGCGGACAGUUCUAAACUCCUCCUGAGCCUGGUGAUGGAGAAAGGCCCCCGAGCCCGGAGGGUGAUGUGGGAAACCUUUGUGAAAAUGCGGAUUGGUGUUCCAGAGUUGGACAAAAUACUGAAGGAAAUAGAGGAACAUGGUUCUGAUCCCUCCCAUCGAUCAAAUCCUGCUCAAGGUUUACUGAAGUUUCUCAGUGCGCUGAAAGAUGUUCAACAGAAACACAAGGAGACUCUGCGGGCACAGACUGAAACACUGAGAGUGAACACGAUCCUGAUGAGGGAGAAGGUGAAGGUUUUCCAGCUGGUUGAUCGAUACGCUGAGCUCACGGUCAUUUCUACUGUUCGAGACCGGAGACUGGUGGAACAUGAGCUGCUGGCAAGAGGCAGAGACCACGAGGAGUGGAGAGAAAAACAUCUCCUCGGAGAGCUGGAGAAAAUCCGGAUUGCUCAUCUGUUUAAGAAUAGUUACUCACAUCAUUUUCGGGACAAAAUUAAAAGAUUCUUCGCACAAUCAACUUCGGGAUGUUCGACAGCAGUGGCUGGAGUCCCGGGGAUCGGGAAAACAACAAUGGUACAAAAGAUUGUUUAUGACUGGGCCACGGGGAAAAUAUACCAACAAUUCCAGUUUGUCUUCAGUUUCAAAUUCCGGGAUUUAAACUCCAUUAACUGCAGAAUAAACCUGAGGGAAUUGAUUCUGGAUCAGUAUCCUUACUUUGGGAAUAUCCUGAGAGAGGUCUGGAAGAACCCAGAGGGAUUGCUGUUUAUAUUCGAUGGUUUGGAUGAAUUCAAGCACACAAUUGAUUUUGCGGACAGUCGGAGAGACACAGAACCCAAGCACCAGUGCCCAGAUCCCGAGUGGUGGUGUGAAGUGUCUGACAUUGUGUACAGUUUAAUCCAGGGCAGCCUGCUCCCAGGGUGUUCAGUGCUGGUGACCACCCGCCCCACUGCGUUACAUUUAUUGGAAAAGGCAGACAUCAGUGUCUGGGCUGAAAUCCUGGGAUUUGUUGGUGAGGAACGGAAGGAAUAUUUCAUCAGACAUUUUGAAGAUCAGACGGUGGCGGAAGCUGUUUUCAAACACGUGAAGGAGAAUGAGAUCCUGUACACCAUGAGCUACAACCCCUCCUACUGCUGGAUCCUCGCUCUGGCACUGGGCCCCUUCUUCACACAAAGAGUCAGGGACCCACAGCGAGUUCCCAAGACCAUCACCCAACUGUACUCCUACUAUAUUUACAACAUCCUGAAAAACCACGGCCGUGAGAUUGAGAGACCCCGUGAUGUGUUACUCAGGGUUGGUCAGAUGGCCUUCAGAGGAGUGCACGAGAGGAAGAUUGUGUUUACAGAUGGAGAUUUGAUCAACUACACUCUGCAGCCUUCCCAGUUCCUGUCCGGGUUCCUGAUGGAGCUUUUGGAGAGAGAGGAUUCUGCCCGGAGCGUGGUGUACACAUUCCCACACCUCACUGUCCAAGAGUUUGUAGCUGCAGUCGCACAAUUCCUGAAUCCACAUCCCGGGGAUAUCCUGAAAUUCCUCACUGAAGUCCACAGCACGACAGAUGGGCGGUUUGAGGUAUUUCUCCGUUUUGUUGCUGGUCUCUCCAACCCAAUGUCAGCUCGGGGCCUGGAGGAGUUUCUGGGUCCAUUUCCUCAUCAAACAACCUGCCGGGUGAUUGACUGGGUGAAGGAGGAGGUUAAACGCCAGGUUGGAAACACGAGGAAUGAAGCUGGUAAAAGGAGCCUCCUGAACACAUUGCACUACCUGUUUGAGUCUCAGAAUCGUGGACUGGCUCAGGCCGCUCUGGGAUCUGUGGAAAAGUUUUCACUCAGUGGAAUGACUCUGACCCCGAUUGACUGCGCGGUCCUGUCUCAUGUCAUCGGACUCUGUGAUACAAUAAAACAGCUCGACCUGGAGAACUGCCACAUUCAGUGUGAAGGAAUCCAGCGGCUGGGACCCGGGCUGCACAAGUGCCAGGAGUUGAGACUUGGGCAUAAUGAACUGGGAGAUUCAGGAGUGAAACUGGUGUCUGCGGCUCUGAGGAACCCGGAGUGUAAAAUACAGAUACUGUGGUAAGUACGAGACUGUGGGAGAUUGUGUUUACAUUCACUGGGUGUCUGACACUGAGAAUGAAUGUGAUCAGUAGACACAUAGAAAACAUACAGGACAAUACAGGCCCUUCGGCCCACAAAGCUGUGCUGAACAUUUUUCUACCUUAGAAUUAUCUCGGUUUUACCCAUAGUGCUCUAUAUUUCUAAGCUCCAUGUAGCCAUCCUGGAGUUUAAAGUUUUCGCCUCCAGCAGCCCAUUCUUAAAACUAUGCCCUCUCGUGCUAGCCAUUUCAACCCUGGGGAGAAGACUCUGACUAUCUACAUGAUCAAUGCCUCUCAUUAUCUUGUACACCUCUAUCAAAUCACCUCUCAUACUCCAUCACUCCAAGAGAAAAGGCUGAGUUCACUCAACCUGUUCUCAUAAGGCAUGCUCCCCAAUCCAGGCAACAUCCUUGUAAAUCUCCUCUGCACCCUGUCUAUGGUUUCCACAUUUCACAUCCUCCUCCUCGGAGAUUGCUACCCAUUCCUCUUCUACCUGUGGGAUCUUUCUUCCACAUCCCCCUU